ACAUCAUUAUUUAGUUCAUUUUUAGUUUAGCAUACAAACAUUGUAUACAUUUGUAUUAAUAAUAUAUUUAAUUUAUCGGCAAGAUUUACCGGAUUUGUUUGGUAAAUAUGGUUGAAAUAUAUUACGAUGUGUAAAGAGAAGUUUUUAUUUGGAGUAUACUAGAUGGAUUGUUGGAUAAGACAGACUCUAUUAUCGGAAAAUCUAGAUGCAACAUCCGAUUGUUUCAAAAUACUAAGCUGGCUAAAUAUAGAAUAUUCUGGUAUAUUAACGUAUAAACAAAUUGAAACGAUUUUAGUAUGCGCAGCGUUCGUUGAAAGUUGCUUUGAAAUUGCGGGAGAUGAUUUAGUAAAAAGCAUAAUAGAUAAAUAUACGCAUGACAGACUGUAUUUUAAAGAGCAUUACACAAAACUUAAUGCUAUGGGAGUUACGCUUCAUUCAGCAGCCAGAAUUUUAGCCACUGCUGAGGGCUAUAAGCAUGUUUAUGCUGUAGAAAACAUUUUGAAACUAUUGAAGAAUGACGUUAGUCUCUUAUAUAAUAAUAAGACAUGCACAAAGAAUUUAAAUGCAAAUUCUUCCCAGUUCAAAAUGAAUUUGUUAGUACAAAGGAUAUUUCAAUUACCACCGGAAAAUAUUGAUAUUGCGAUCGAAAGGUUGCUUUUAAAUUGUGAUUUUUCUCUAAUUGGAUAUAUAUUUUUAGAGCCUCCAAGAAGUUUAUAUGUUAGCAAAUAUAAGAUAUUGGAACAUAAAAUUUGUAAAAGAAUCUCUGAUGGAAAUCUAGAUCCAUCUUUCAUUAGAUCAAUGUUCGUGACUGUUUCAAAUUCAUCGAAAGGAGCUAUGUUUUUUAAGUCUUGUCUUGAAAAUAAAGCUUUCGGAAAUAGCUUAGUAACAUUCUUCAUAUCCUACUUCCAGAUUUUUGAAAAAGAAAACGUGCAUUUAAAUAGCCACAAUAGUUUAUCUGAAAUUCUUUGUUUAGUGCACUGUGUGCUGUCUUCGAAAUCUCCCGCUCGCAUAAAAUUGUACACAACAAUAUGUAAAAACGAAACUAUUGCUCGUCUCAUAAAUAAAAAAGUUUUUAUUUAUAACUAAAAUAAUUACGCUAUAGAGUAUUGUGUUUUACAAAUUUUAAGUAAUACUUGCUUUCUUUCUUCCUCUUUAAGCAUCCUUAUGCACAGGCGAUCAUGUAGUUUUAAUUUAGUAACCCCCUAACUGCCCUAUUUUGUCAUCAUACCUAUCUGACUUUUCAAGCCUAAUGAAAACUCGUCGCCAUAGCAAGUAGUAAUAAAUUGUAUGUUCAUUAUUUUGCUGUUUAUUCAUAAAUAAAUAUAUUAUAAUACAAAAAUCUAA